UUCUUGACUGCAGCCGAAACUAGACUCACAGAGAAAAGCAGCAGCCAUGUCAGGCCAAACUAAGCCCGUCCUGCAUGGAUACUUCAGAAGCUCCUGCUCCUGGAGGGUGCGCAUCGACUCGCCUCAUCCCUGUCCCAGCUCCAGCCCACAACAGGACAUCAAACCCUGGAGUGGAGGUGUGGAGAGCGAGCGCCUUCCCUGUGACACUCUACCAUGGUCCAGUGUGGAGACAGGAAAGGUUUUACACCUCAAUAUGAAGAAAAAACAGUCAGUAAAUGUGGCUAACGGCACGUCUGCAGACAGAGGCUGUGUUAUACACAAUAACAAAUUGCCUCAUGGGUCAGCUGAUCGGUCCGCGCACGUUAUGUUUUUUCUGGCUUUUUGGGGGGCAUUCGAGUUCUAGAUUUUCAUUCGAAAUCUGAAGCAAAAAAUAUUGAAAUUUUUGUUCAAACUCUGAUUUAUUCGAAGUCCGGGACGUUCGAAAACCGAGGUACCACUGUAUUUCUCAUUUUUUGUGUUUGUGUACAAGCAUUCGCUCUGAAAGGCAUCGAGUACGACCAGGUGCCGGUCAAUCUUAUUAAAGAUGGAGGACAGCAGCUCAGUGAGCAGUUCAAGUCAUUGAACCCAAUGCAGCAAGUCCCGGCUGUGGAGAUUGAUGGGGUCACUCUGUCCCAGUCGUUGGCGGUGAUCCAGUACGUAGACGAGACCAGACCUGGACCCCGGUUGCUGCCCACGGACCCCAAGAAACGAGCUCAAGUUCGAAUGAUAAGCGACAUGAUCGCCUCUGGGAUCCAACCGCUGCAGAAUUUACAUGUGAUCCAGAAAAUCGGAGCAGAGAAGGUUCCAUGGGCCCAGUAUUUUAUUAACCGUGGAUUUCAAGCUCUGGAGCCGGUCCUCAAGCAGACGGCAGGAGUGUACUGUGUCGGCGACGAGAUUUCGAUGGCUGACGUCUGUCUGGUGCCACAAGUCUACAAUGCUGAAAGGUUCAAGGUGGACAUGGACCAGUACCCGACCAUCAAGCGGGUGAACGAGGGGCUGCUGGAGCUGGAGGCGUUCAGCACCACUCACCCGUCUUGUCAGCCGGACACUCCAGCGGACCUGCGAUCGUGAAGUCGCACCGUCGCCCAAUAAACCCUCUGCUGCUGCUGCUGCUUUACAUGGAGA